UGAAGCCACUCUACACCCUCUUGCAGCUUCCCUACCACCUCUUCCGGGCAGCCCCCCACCCAUGCACAGCCCCACCGUGUGUACCCCCCACCCCCGUGCAGCUGCAGUCCCCCGGUGCCCCCCUCUCUGUGUAGCCCCUCCACCCGUGCUGCCUGUGCUGCUCUCCAUCUCCCCUCUCCAUGUACCCAUGUGUACCCUCUUGCACUCCCACGACCCCCCACCCUGUGCACCUCUGUUCAACCCCCCUGAAGCCCCCCUCCCUAUACAUCCUUUCUCUCUGCACUCUCUUGGAGCCCCUCCUUCCUGUCUAAGUACCUCUCUCCAUCCACACUGCAUCCCACUCUCUUCACCAGCUUGCUGGCUGUCCCCAGUGCAGUCUCCCAGGUCUCUGCUGUCCUGAUGCUGCACCCCAAAAAUCUCUCUCCCAACUAUGCAAUGCUUUUCUUCCUUUUAUAUAUUUUCCCCACUUCAGUCUAAAUCUUUCCAACAACGCUUGGUGCACUCUUAGCACCCUGCAAGUUGCACCAGGAAGGACAUGCAUGGACACCCUGACCCCUGGUAGAGCUGGGAUCCCCCUCGUUCCUCUCCACUGCCCCACUCCUGAUGUGGUUUUAGCCACUUUUUAGAUUACUUAUGUUUUCAGCCCAGUUUUUCUCCAUUCAUUACUGGUUCUUGCCCAGAGGCAUCUGAGCAACACACGUGGACUUCAAUCCCGUGAUGCAGGGCAGGAUGUCCGGAGCAUCCUGAAACUGGGUACUGGCCCAGGGACCAUUGCAGCUGGUGCCCGAGGGCUCUCCCGCUCCUGCUGCGAUGGCGACGCCGGACGUCAGCGUCCACAUGGAGGAGGUGGUGGUGGUGACCACGCCGGAUGGUGCAGUGGAUGGUGGUGGCAUGGAGGAGGUGAAAACAGUGCUGGUCACCACCAACCUGUCCCAGCACGGUGGUGACAUCAAUGAAGACACUCUGGAGACUGAAAAUGCAGCUGCUGCAGCUGCUGCUGCUUUCACAGCCUCUACACACCUGAAGGAAGCAGUUCUAGAAGUGAAGAUGGCUGAAGAUGAGGACAGUUUGGAGGCAGAGAUUGUCUACCCCAUUACCUGCGGGGACAGCAAAGCCAACCUCAUCUGGAGGAAGUUUGUGUGCCCUGGAAUYAAUGUGAAGUGUGUGCAGUUUGAUGAUCACCUAAUCAGCCCCAAGGAGUUUGUUCACCUGGCAGGCAAGUCGACCUUGAAGGAUUGGAAGCGGGCGAUCCGGAUGAACGGGAUCAUGCUCCGGAAGAUCAUGGACUCAGGAGAGCUGGAUUUCUAUCAGCACACAAAGGUCUGUUCCAACACCUGCCGGAGCACCAAAAUUGACCUGACUGGAGCCAGGGUGUCCCUGACCAGCCAGACAUCGACAGAGUACAUCCCUCUGACUCCUGCCUCUGCUGAUGUGAACGGAUCCCCAGCUACAAUAACCAUAGAAACAUGCGAGGAUGCCAGCGAUUGGAGCACGAGCAUUGGAGAUGACACCUUUGCUUUUUGGCAAGGUCUGAAGGACACUGGUCUCCUGGAAGAAGUGAUUAAUGAGUUCCACCAGGAGUUGGUGGAGACCAUGAAGGGCUUGCAGCAGCGAGCACAGGAUCCCCCACUGCAGCUYGGGGAUGCUGUUUUACUCAACAACGUAGUCCAGAACUUUGGGAUGCUGGAUCUGGUCAAGAAGGUUCUGGCCAGCCACAAGUGCCAGAUGGAUCGCUCGAGGGAGCAGUACACACGGGAUUUGGCAGCUCUGGAGCAGCAGUGUGACGAGCACCGCAAGCGAGCAAAAGAGCUGAAACACAAAUCGCAGCAUCUCAACAACGUCCUGAUGACCCUCACACCCGUUUCUGUUCCCACACCUCUGAAACGCCCCAGACUGACCAGGGCCACCUCUGGACCAGCUGCCAUCACGUCCCAAGUGCUGUCCCAGCCGGCGCAGCUCGCYGUCACCCCCGGCGUGCCGGUCUCCCAGAUUGCCAACCUCCCUCUCGGCAAAGUGGUCUCAGCCCUCCCGCCUUCAGUGCUGGGGAAGAGCCCAGCCCAGCCACCCGCUGCCAGCUCCCCAGCCUCCCCUCUGCUGGGGGGGUACACGGUGCUGGCCUCUGCCGGCUCCACCUUCCCCAGCACGGUGGAGAUCCACCCGGACGCUUCCAACCUGACGGUGCUGAGCACRGCCGCGGUCCAGGACGGCAGCACGGUGGUGAAGGUGGUGAGCCCCUUCCAGCUCCUGACGCUGCCAGGACUUGGCACGACCAUCCAGAAUGUGACACAAAUAGCUCCCAGUGGGAGCACAGUCGUGACUGUCCCGUCUAGUGCCGCUGAGGCCACCGGGGAYGAGCACGCUGCCGCCGCCAUCGAGGUGACUGCAGUGGCUGAUGAGGCGGAGCAGAAGUGAGAGGGGGGACUUGCCUGGAGGGACGCUGGCCGUGCCACUCUGGGGGGAACUGCCUCUUCUCUGGCUGCRCUGUGGGACGAGGAGCGGUGUCAGGAGGGGCACGGGCUAACAAGACUCAGAGCAGCUYGUGUCUGAGCAAGGAAGCUCAGGUCAGAGGGAAGGAGGGGGGAGGAAGGAUGACCAGAGAAGGGAAAGGCAGAAAUGCCCUGCCUUGUUUGGAGGAGGGAAGAAAGAAAGAGUUUAUUUUUCUAUAAAGCUUUCCUCCCCUGUUCUCUUGGAAUAGUUUUCCUGCUCUGGGUYGUCAGCUCAGCCUCGUUGGCAGACACAGCUGGAGCAGUAUCCAUUGGAGAAGUGAGCAGGAGCAAGAAGAAGGCGGCAGCAAAAGGAAGCUGCUGAGGGGUCUGGUGUGCAGGGAGCUGGCUGCUCCCCAUCCGUAGGGGCUGCAGGAGCAGAGAGGGAUGCCAAGAGCAGGAAUUCCAUGGAUGUGUGCGAUCACUGACGCCAGGAAGGGCUCUGGCAGCGUAGGCACAGGUGCCGGGAGGUUGGGUUUUGUGUGUGACAUUGGCUUUGGGUGGCAGAAAAAGUGGGAGCUGUUGCAACAGUGGUCGUGGUGGCCCAGGUCUGCUGGGGAAGGAGUGGGAAGAGGAAAACUCAGAGGGCUGGGUGAGAAGAGCUGUGACUUCUGAGGAUUUUGGGUCUUUUUCUAGUUUUCUCAAAAAAAAAAAUUCCAUUUUUGGGGAUUUUUUUUAAGCCAACAGUGAUUUUUAAGCAAAGCCCUGGUUGGGAAGCUCAUUCUGCAUGGCAGAGCCAUGCUGCGGAGCGUACAGAGCUGAACCCCACAGCCACRCUCCAAGGAGCUCACACUUCCUCACGAGGGGGRACCCUGCUGUCCCCAGUCCCCAGCACCCCAUGGGAGCUGCCAUUCCCUCCCUGCUGGGUUCAAGCAGCUGUUCUGUAAGGGGUGCUCGACCCCCAGUUCUCCUUCAGCCACCCCACUCRCUGUGACUGAUCAGGUCCCAGCCCUGGGCCUGUGUGUCUCGUGCUGGCUCUGGCUGGAAGGAGUCGGGUGCUUGGAGUGUUGGGGUUUCUCCAAACUUGAUCUGGCAACAGCAACAACAACAGGUCACUUUAUUGAGCUAAUAAAUAUUUUUUUU